GAUUAAGCACUUGUAGUAAAGAGUAUGAUUCUGUGUUCUGACAUGCAAAAGUGAUUGCUUAUUUGCUUGAUCAAAACGCUUUAUCUACCUUCCUAAUGAAAAUUCGUUGAAAAAAAAAUCGAACAUAUAUUUUAUGGAAAAUAGAUUUUUAUGGACGAUGGUUCUAUGCUGACAAAUUGACCAAGCGGUGCAGAUUGGUGUUCGAUUUGAGUAGGGCGCUCCUCGCUGCUUUUGCCCGUUCACCAUAGAGCGGUGCACCGCGGCUCAGGUUAAUAGAACUCCCUCCGUCUGAAACCGCGUGAGAAAGUUGCUUUUGAGGCAAGCUAACGUUAUAUUUUGUUGUGCUGGUAGUUAUCAAAACAACAAAAACAUUUACGAAACCUUUCUUGCACUACAGCCCCCCCCCCCCAUUUAUUCGAAUACAGGUUAUUCUUCGGUUAACGAAUAUUAAUUUAUACCGAGCAUUCACCACAAGCAAUUGCGGCAACUCAAAUUACAAUUAACUUCUGUCGAUUUGUUUUAGUAGCCUACGCUUCUCAUGACCGCGUUGUGGGUUUGGCUUGUUGACUAACUGGAGUUUCGGGCUAUUUGGAUAUCGCUGCGUGGACAGGAUUACAGUCUACAUGAAUAGGAAGACUAGUAGGAUACUUUUUUUUGUCCUCACCUGUUUUUUUCUCCCUUCUAUGGUUGAUACAUGAUCGUAUGCUGGAGUAGCCUACAGCGAGAGAAAAGGAGAUUCUUACACGCAUCAUUCACCGGAGCACCGCUGAUAAAGAGUUGACGGGAGAUCUAUGAGGACAAAUGGUCGGACGUGUUUGUGUCAUUUAACGGACAGUUUCGGAAGGAGCUAGGAUGAAUUUAUCGUAAUCUGGAGCAUCCCCGCGCCUGUCCCUAUUUUGUUAGCAGACGGGUUUAUCAGGAACCGGGCAUCUGCCGAGGUAGAACGAUGUAUCCCCAGGGUCGACACCCGACACCCCACCAGGCCCCAGGCCAACCUUUCAAAUUCACCAUCCCAGAGUCACUGGACCGCAUCAAAGAGGAGUUCCAGUUUCUCCAAGCUCAGUACCACAGUUUGAAAUUGGAGUGUGAGAAGCUGGCCAGUGAGAAGACAGAGAUGCAGAGGCACUAUGUUAUGUACUAUGAAAUGUCUUACGGGCUGAACAUUGAAAUGCACAAACAGACCGAGAUUGCCAAGAGGCUCAAUACCAUCUGUGCACAAGUCAUCCCCUUCCUCUCACAGGAGCACCAACAGCAGGUGAUCCAGGCAGUGGAGAGGGCCAAGCAGGUCACCAUGGGCGAACUCAAUUCUGUCAUCGGGGUACGUGGCCUUCCCGGUCUACCACCCACACAUCAGCAUCUGUCCCACGCGCACGGCCCCCAUGUCCCCCUCACCCCCCACCCGGCUGGGCUCAACCCAGCCCACUUGGGGGGAGGGGCCAGCCUGCUCGCCCUGUCCAGUGCCCUGGGGGCGCCACCGCACCACCUGGUGGGCAAAGAGGACAAGAAACACCCGGCGGAGGCCGAGCAGCUGAGAGAGCAAGAGCCGGGCACAAGUAAUACCCUGCCGGUUGCUGACAGUUUGAGGAACUCAGACAAGCGACGCAACGGACCUGAACUCCCCAACGACACCAAGAAGAGGAAAGUAGAGGACAAGGACUCUAGUCAUUAUGAUAGUGAUGGAGAGAAGAGUGAUGACAACCUGGUGGUGGAUGUAUCCAAUGAGGAUCCUGCCUCCCCUCAUGGUACGCCCCUGCCCUCCCCCAGAGAGAAUGGGCUGGACAAGACACGCCUCCUGAAGAAGGACCCAUCCUGUAGCCCCGCCUCCACAGCCUCCUCUGCAAGCUCCUCCUCCCUCAAGUCCAAAGAGAUGGGAAUGCGUGACAAGCCGGGUACGCCUCAACCGAAGUCGAGCACUCCCACUCACCGAGGAGACUCCACCCCCGGACCCAGUGCCACACCCACUCUCCGCCCCAGCCUAUCCAAGCCCCCCUCCAUGGAGCUACCUCACCCACCUACUCUUGUCUACUCCCUAGCCGCUGGUCUGCGGACUCCGCUGGCGGUGUCAGGGCCGUACCCCGGGCCUUUUGGCAUGCUGCCUCACGCCGCCAUGAAUGGGGAGCUGGCAAGUGCCGGCGCAGGCUACGCCGGCCUCCACAACAUGUCCCCUCAGAUGAGCGCUGCGGCGGCUGCCGCUCUGGCUGCCUACGGACGCUCCCCUAUGGCCGGCUUUGACCCUCAUCCUCACAUGAGAGUCCCUGGAAUGACCCCGAGCUUAUCAGGCAUCCCUGGAGGCAAACCAGCCUACUCCUUCCAUGUUAGCGCCGAUGGACAGAUGCAGCCGGUACCGUUCCCUCCAGAUGCCCUGGUGGGCCCUGGCAUCCCGCGCCAUGCACGCCAGAUCAACACGCUGAACCACGGUGAGGUGGUCUGUGCUGUCACCAUCAGCAACCCCACGCGCCAUGUCUACACAGGCGGCAAGGGCUGCGUCAAGGUCUGGGACAUCAGUCACCCUGGCAACAAGAGUCCUGUGUCCCAACUGGACUGCCUGAACCGAGACAACUAUAUCCGCUCGUGCCGGCUGCUCCCCGACGGCCGGACGCUCAUCGUGGGGGGCGAGGCCAGCACAUUGUCAAUCUGGGACCUAGCCACGCCCACUCCGCGCAUCAAGGCGGAGCUGACCUCCUCAGCCCCGGCCUGCUAUGCCCUGGCCAUCUCCCCUGACUCCAAGGUGUGCUUCUCCUGCUGCAGCGAUGGGAACAUCGCCGUCUGGGACCUGCACAACCAGACCCUGGUCAGACAGUUCCAGGGCCACACAGACGGAGCCAGCUGUAUUGACAUCUCCAACGAUGGGACCAAGCUGUGGACUGGUGGGCUGGACAACACCGUACGCUCCUGGGACCUAAGAGAGGGACGCCAGCUGCAGCAGCACGACUUCACCUCACAGAUCUUUUCUCUGGGGUACUGUCCGACGGGAGAGUGGCUGGCGGUGGGGAUGGAGAGUAGUAAUGUGGAGGUGCUCCAUGUCACCAAGCCAGACAAGUACCAGCUCCACCUCCACGAGAGCUGUGUGCUCUCUCUCCAGUUUGCUUCCUGUGGUAAAUGGUUUGUGAGCACAGGGAAGGAUAACCUGCUGAARGCGUGGAGGACACCGUACGGAGCCAGUAUAUUCCAGUCGAAGGAGUCUUCGUCAGUGCUAAGCUGUGACAUCUCAGUGGAUGAUAAGUACAUAGUUACAGGUUCUGGAGAUAAGAAGGCCACUGUCUAUGAAGUCAUCUACUAGACUGCACUGAACAUUCUCUAUACAUGACCAUUCAUGGGCAGAGCUUCCAGAACAAUUGAUGAUGGACAGACGGGCGGAUGUAUGCAUGGAUAUAGAGAGAUGGACCGAAACCUCAUUAUAGACAGAUGGACAGAAAGGCGGACCGAAACCUCAGAGGUGCCGAAUUAAUGGCAUUGUAGUUUAUUUUUACAGACAAAGAAUGUGAAUGGCCAGGUGACCUCUACCAUUUGUGACCUCUGACCUCAGCUUGCUCUUCUUUCAGACAUGACUUUCCACUCAGACCUUUCACACCCUAGUACUGUGUCCUUUCCUACAUGUCUGCUAUUGCUAUUGUGUAAUUAUUUUUCUUUUCUUUGUAUUUUAUCGGUCGAGUACUUGUAAAAAGUGUAUAUAUUUGUUUUCUUACAGUAAUUGCUUUAGAAAUAACAAAUGUUUGGUAUGUCUUUUACAUGGAAAAUAUCUAACCAGGAAAAAACACUAAAUGGUCUUAAUGCUAGCUAAUAUAAAUCAAUUGAAAUGUCUAGACAAUAAAUGUUCUUUUUGUUCUAACAAAUGU